AUGGAUUGGAGGAAGAAAAACGGUAAAGGGGAGAAGAUGCUGCUCAUUAAAAAUGAAGAAAGAUCGAUCAGAUCACCUUAUCCAUAUAUUCUUUACACGACAUGGAGGGGCCUGGAGACGUUGAUAGAAGCAUCAGCAUCCAAAAGGGAUGGAGGUUCAGGGGAGUGCGCGUCGACAGGGUGUGUCACGGACCUUAAUAGGAAGUGCCCGACGGAGCUGAGAACUGAGGGAGGCAGUGCUUGUAGGAGCGCCUGUGAGGCAUUUGGGAAGCCUGAGUACUGCUGCAGCGGCGAGUACAACUCACCAGCAUCCUGCAAGCCUUCCAUGUAUUCUCAAGUGUUCAAGAGUGCCUGUCCGAAGUCGUAUAGCUACGCCUACGAUGAUGCGACUAGCACUUUUACAUGUACAGGCGCAGAUUACACCAUCACAUUCUGCCCCAAUUUCCAUAGUCUAAAGUCCUCAAGUGAUUCGCCUCCACAAGCAAUCGGGGGCACAGCCAUUGAUGGGUCAGGGACAGAGGUAGGAGGGACGGUCACCGGAUCCUCAGCACAGGAAGCUGAAUUACAAAGUUCAUGGCUGGCAAGUUUGGCCAUUGGAGAGUCAACAGGAACCCAAACCCACCAUUCUUUAGUUCUCCAAUUUGCAUUAGUUUUGGCCACAUCUCUCAUUCUUUCCAGCUCUCACUUGUAGUCACUACUGGUCUCUCACGUUCCAAGCUAUUCAGCUGAGAAUCAGUAACAUGGAGAUCGAUUGGGAAAGUUGAAGAAACCCAGGUUGCAAACCACCCAUCUUCCAAAUUCAGCAUAUUUAAUGUUAAACACAUGUUUUAGUGUUAGAAUAUGUACCGUAAAGCAUAUUAGUUAAUUUCAGAAAUAGAAUGUGUUUCUCUUUUUUAUU